UUAUCUUCUUUUCCUGCCGCAUUCGCUAGGGUUUUCAGUCUCUCUCUCUCUCUCUCUCUACACUCUCUUCAAGCUCCCUCAUCUUUCCACCAUCACUUUCUCUCUCUACCGACCUCUGCUCUCCUCCGGCGGCAGCUUCGAUCCGUCAAUCGCAUGGCUCGCAGCGGCAGCAGCAGCAGCAGCAGCAGCGCGCUCUAGGGUUUCGGCGGUUGCUUCUCGAUAAGCGCGGCGUCCGGGGGGUGUCUCUUUUUCUUUGUCUCGAGGCGAGAGCAGAAGAGGGAUGGCGACCAUGAACCCUUUCGACAUCCUCGGCGACGACGACAAUGAGGACCCCACCCAGCUCCUCGCCGCCGCCAAGCCGGUCGAGAAGCCGAAGAAGGCUCCGGCUCCGGCCGCCGCCCCGCCGCCGCCUAAGCCGGCCGCCUCGCUGCCGUCCAAGCCCCUCCCUCCUGCUCAAGCUGUGAGGGAAACGAGGAGUGAUACUGGACGUGGCCGUGGCCGUGGAGGCGGUCGUGGUUAUGGCCGUGGCCGUGGAGGCGGUCGAGGAUAUGACCAAGAAUCAGGAUACAGCGAGGGAGCAGUGGGUGGCAAUGAUGGCUUUUCUGGGGGUUAUAGAGCCUCAGAGGAAGGAGAUUCUGGGAAACCAUCUGAAAGGCGUGGUGGGCCUCGGGGUCCUUUCCGUGGAAGUGGAGGUCGCCGUGGCGGUUUUAACAAUGGAGAAGCUGGCGAGGGGGAGCGUCCAAGAAGAACAUUUGAACGCCGCAGUGGCACUGGACGAGGAAACGAGUUUAAACGAGAUGGAGCUGGUCGUGGAAACUGGGGAACUCCUACUGAUGAAAUUGCUCCGGAGCCUGAAGAACCUGUUGUGGAAGUUGAAAAAAAUGUGGGAUCUGAGAAGCAGUUGGUUGAUGAGGAGGCUGCAGAUGCUAGCAAAGAGAAUCCUUUGAAUGAACCAGAGGAAAAAGAGCCUGAAGAUAAGGAGAUGACAUUAGAAGAGUAUGAAAAGGUCCGCGAAGAGAAGAGGAAGGCAUUGCUUGCAUUGAAGGCUGAGGAAAGGAAAGUGGAGGUGGACAAAGAGUUGAAGUCCAUGCAACAACUCUCUAGCAAGAAGGAAAACCAUGACAUCUUUAUCAAGCUGGGAUCCGAGAAGGACAAACGCAAAGAGGCUGCUGAGAAAGAAGAGAGAGCCAAGAAGUCUGUCAGCAUAAAUGAGUUUCUAAAGCCUGCUGAAGGGGAGAGAUACUACAACCCAGGUGGCCGUGGGCGAGGCCGCGGCCGCGGUGCCAGAGGUGGUUAUGGUGGUGGAGGUGGUGGUGGCUAUGCUAGAGAUGCAGCUGCUCCUUCGAUUGAGGAUCCUGGCCAGUUCCCCUCCCUUGGUGGGAAAUGAGGUUUUACCACUGCAUACUUCAAGCUGAGUUACUUCAUGCUUGGAGUUGUUGUGAUCUUCCAGGAUAAUCAGUUAUUAACGGGAAUUACAUUUUUCCUGUAACAGAAACCUUUGAUAUUAUUCAGUCUUUUUUGAGUGUAAAUUUUAGUUUCUCCAUGGAUUUACUUUGCUUUUCUUUUGACUCACUUCAGUUUUGAUUGUGUUAGAAGAGAAUGAAUUAAGCCUUUUCUAAA